AACUUCACUGGGGGAAUGGCAUUAUCUUGGUUAGAAAGUGAGGGAUCGGGACGCUGUGGCGGGGCUCUCUUGGUGAUAUUGGCAGCCUGUUGCGACCUGACCGCUUUGAACGGUGUUGACUGGGAUGAGUGUGUGGUGACUCAUGUCGGGGCGUCCGUCACCUUGCCUUGCUCUGAUUGGUCGGUGGCCGGCACGCUGCAAGCCCAUUGGCUGUGGAAGCCGUUGUCUGGGGAAUCGUGGCUUCCAGUCGUCUCGGCCAGUGAGAGGCUGGCUGACAAGGAGCUGAGCAGCUCAGGGAAGUUCUCUCUGACCUUCAGAACCGGGUUCCAGGACGCUGGACGCUACAUCUGCCAGGGGCGCAGGCAGGAGGGCACCAGCCGCCCCUCCGGCAGAGUUACCCUGCUCAUCAUCGUCAGCGUCACAGGCAGUCCCAUGCCGGUCCCUACAGACGGCACCCUGCGGCUGAGUGCGAGGGUCUCCGACCAGACCGCCAAAGUGUCCUGGAUCUCCCCCAAGGGAACCCCCCUGCACUGCCGGGAAGACUUCUCAGGAUCCAUCCUCGCCAAACUGCCCCGGGUCACCUGGCAAGAACAGGGCAAUUACAGCUGUCAAGUGCUGGUCCCAGGGGCCCCGGGGCGAUUCGUGUUCAACUACACCGUCACCGUGAGAGACUCCAAGCUCGCGGACUUCAGCAUGACCUUCGGUCUCCAGCGGUCUGGCGGUGCCGUGGCUCAGUCACGCGUGUUGAUCCCGUGUGUCACGUGGCCUGGCUCAGACCUGGUACUUCUCUACUGGAAGGACCCAGACGCGCGGGAGAUGGACCGAGUCUUUGAGUUCGACCUCUGGAGGCGGGACCUGGUGAACAAGAAGCAGCCUCGACUCCAGUUGGCUGAGUCCGACCCCGCCCGCCACGGCAAUUACUCCUUCCUGUUGACCCCUGACCUGGAAGACAACGGGGUGUACAGGUGUGAGGUGUUCAGAGACAGCGAUGUUUACAUCCAGAGCUUCAGCCUCACAGUGCUACAGGUCUGGGCUCUCAACACCUCUGUGGGUCUCAAGCUGAACUGUCUGUAUCGGGGGCCGACGCGGGUCACGGCUGGCUGGACCUUCCAGAACCGAAGCCUCGCGGUCAGUUCCACUGGACCGGGCUCUCUGUACACCGAGAUCACCGUCAAUCGGAGCCACAGCACCCCCUGGCAGGGCAAAGAGGGCAACUACAGCUGCACUGUCGCCGUGACUGGGCAGGAGCGUUACACCGCCGUCUACGCUCUCACGCUGCCCCCUGCUGGAGCGACUGGCCCUCUGCUGCACCCUGCUGAGAGCUCCAGGACCCUGCUGGGGUUACUGGGAGCAGCUCUGGGGGCGCUGGUUUUGGGAGUGGCCGGGAUUCUGCUGUGGUGCAAACGAGGGGCCUGCCAGCGGCACUCAGGGAUCCGCAGACACCCCGCCCCCCCGAACGCAGAGCAGGACAAUCUGUACGAGAACCUGGAGGAGCUGCGCAAGGAAGUCUUCACAGGAAGUGACCCGCACAGCUCUGUGUACAUGGACCUGAGGCCCAGCGAGAGAGACGUCUACAAUGAGCUGGACAGAUACCAAACCUGUCCUCGGUGACUCUUCACUGUGCCUGGAAAUGAAUGAGAAUCAGCUGUCAACUGUACCUCGAAAUCAGAGACGCUCUGCUCCUCUCUCAACUGCACCUCGAAAUCAGUGACACUCUGCCC